AUGACUUCUCCAACUUCUUCAGAUAUUCGAGCGGCCGUAUUGCAGUUGUCCGUCACUGCCGACAAAUCAGCAAACAUAGCCAUCGCCGUGAAGCGUAUACAGCAAGCAAAGUCGAAUGGUUGCACAUUAGCCGUACUACCAGAAUGUUUCACUACACCAUACGAUAAUGCUUUGUUUAGAAAAUACGCUGAAAUCAUUCCCGAUGGUGAAACAUGCAAAGCUUUGUCACAAGCUGCCAAGUCAAAUAAAAUGUACGUUGUAGGAGGUUCAAUCCCAGAGUUAUGUGAUAACAAAGUCUACAACACGUGCACGGUUUGGGAUCCGAAUGGAAACCUAAUAGCCAAACAUAGAAAAGUUCAUUUAUUUGAUGUAAAUAUCCCCGGUAGUACCUGCUUCAAAGAAUCUAAUGCUAUGUCUCCAGGAAAUACACUUAAUACGUUCCAAAUGGGAAAACUAAAGGUUGGAUUGGGUAUUUGUCAUGACAUGAGAUUUUCAGAAAUGGCAGCGUUAUACCAAAAACAAGGAUGUGAUUUGUUGAUAUACCCUGGUGCUUUCUGUACGGAGCUUGGACCACCACAUUGGAGCUUAUUAAUUAGAUUCCGAGCAUUGGAAAAUCAAACAUUUGUAAUUGCUGCUUCGCCGGCCAGAGACACAAAAUCUAAUUACGUAGCAUGGGGACAUUCAAUGGUUGUGGAUCCCUGGGGUAAAAUUGUAGAAGAAGCUAAUGAAAAGGAUAUGGAUUUAUAUGUAGAUCUUGAUUUUACAAUUCGGGAAAACAUUAAACGGCAAAUACCCACUGGAAAUCAAAGAAGAACUGACAUAUACGACACAAUUGAUGUGAAAAAUAAAAAGUAA